GAAUAAUGCAGUUCCAUUGUUCAAACGCCUCUCUCUCUCUCCCUUUCUGGAUCUCUCACGAGCAGGGGCGCCUUUCCUCCCUCCCAUCCUCCUCCUCCGCGCGACGGAGGAGCCGCCGGACCACGCCACGGCCACGAGAUAUUCUCAUCAUAUGGAUUAAGGGAUUUAUACAAGAGUGAAACCUGUUCUUGUUUCAGCCAGAUCUCAGACUCAUAUAAUUGAUUGAGUUGGAAAUAAGGAAAGAUCACUUCCUGAACUGACGACUUCCAUGAGCCCAUUAGCCCAUAAUUGUGAUGCGUACCCUUUGGUAACUUCAAACAUUGCGCUAAAAAAAGACUUCAAACAUUGCAUGAUGUCAGCAAUCUGAAUGAAGUCGCCCUUAAAAAUGAGGAGCAGCAUGUGCAGUAGCUUUGCAGACUUGCAGUAACAAGAAAUGUCUGGAGUGCUUGAUAGUAACAGUUCCUUGCUGCGUAAGUCGGCCAGCGGGGCCGAAGCAAGAGAGACAUCGCUCCAGCUGGACCAAUCAGCGCGCGGCGGCAAGGAGGAACUUGCCAGAGUUUGUUGCUCUCCAUCACCCACCCACCUCCUCUCUCCUCUAUAUAAGCCGGCACGCGCCCUGGCGCCAGCGAUGUUGUCAUUCUCACCACGCGAGACGGUGGCGAGCCCGGGCGGGUGCGGCAAGGAGUCGUGCCCCUUCUGCGAGAUGUCGCGGCAGCACGCGGCGGGGUGCGCGCGGCGGUUGCCCAAGCGGAUCAUCCUGGUGCGGCACGGCGAGAGCCAGGGGAACCUCGACAUGUCGGCCUACUCCACCACCCCGGACUACCGCAUCCCGCUGACGCCGCGCGGGGUCGAGCAGGCGCGCGCCGCCGGCCGGGGCAUCCUCGACGUCGUCUCCUCCGGGGGCCCCGACGCCAACUGGAAGGUCUACUUCUACGUCUCCCCCUACGAGCGCACCCGGGCCACCCUGCGCGGGAUCGGCGCCGCCUUCCCGCGCGACCGCGUCAUCGGCGCCCGCGAGGAGUGCCGCGUCCGCGAGCAGGACUUCGGCAACUUCCAGGUCGAGGAGCGGAUGCGCGCCAUCAAGGAGACCCGCGAGCGCUUCGGCCGCUUCUUCUUCCGCUUCCCCGAGGGCGAGUCCGCCGCCGACGUCUUCGACCGCGUCGCCAGUUUCCUGGAGUCGCUGUGGAGGGACAUCGACAACGGGAGGCUGGAUCCGAGCACCAACUGCGAGACCAACCUGGUGAUCGUCUCGCACGGCCUCACCUCGCGCGUCUUCAUGAUGAAGUGGUUCAAGUGGACUGUGGAGCAGUUCGAGCGCCUCAACAACUUCGAGAACUGCGAGUUCAGGGUGAUGCAGCUCGGGCCCGGCGGCGAGUACAGCCUCCUCAUGCACCACACCAAGGAGGAGCUCGAGGAGUGGGGCCUCUCGCCGGAGAUGAUCACCGACCAGCAGUGGCGCGCCUCCGCCAACCGCCGCAGCUGGUCCGAGGAGUGCUCCUCCUUCAUCGCCACCUUCUUCGACAACUGGGUCGAUCCGCCAGAGGAGGGGGAGGGGGACGGCGACCGCCAGAAACAAGACGAUGGCAAGAUCAAGUCCCUGGAGUAACCAACCCGCUCCCCUUUCCCUUAGUAGUUCCUUAGAAUUUGUUCCAAUUUGAUACUGCAACUGCACAUCUCGUUCGUUCGUUCCUUCGUCGCGAAGUUCUUCGACAACCGGAAGGAUUCAGAAGAAGAGAAUGGCAAGAUCGAGCUGUUGGAGUAUCCAAACUGACCUGCUCUUUCGUUAGUUUCGUCAAAGUUCUUCAGAUUUGAUACUACUAGUGUCUUCCGCCAUGGAUGAAUGUAGCUAUCGCUGGUUUCCUUUUUGUUGAAUUCUAAACCUGUUCAUAGUAGCUAGACAUUGAGAUACGAUUUGGAGAAAUGCAGAAAUUGGUGCUCUGGUUGAGAACAGAGUCUUGGAGAUUGAUA